UUCAAAAUGUCAGCAAAAAAAGAGAGUAUCGACAGCGGACACAGCCAUACUCAGUGGCACAUAUUUACGAAUUUGCAAUAUGUUAGUUAGUUGGCUAAAUAAUUAGUUAAACGUUUCUAGAGCCCACUGAAGCACCAAAAUGUCUGGAGCCCUUGCGAGGCUGCUAUUUUACCCUACUUUAGCGUACAAUGUUGUUAUGGAGAAAGUGUCGUCCAGACGGUGGUUUGACCGUGUGGACCAAACUGUCAUUCUAGGAGCAUUGCCGUUUAAAUCAAUGACAGACGAGUUGGUGCAGGGAGAACAUGUGAGAGGGGUGAUUACUAUGAACGAGGAAUAUGAAACAAAAUAUUUCUGCAACUCUGCUGAGGAGUGGCAGGCUGUGGGGGUGGAGCAGCUGUGUCUCCGUACAGUGGACCUGACGGGGGUGCCCAGCCUGGAGAAGCUGCACAGGGGGGUGCAGUUCGCCCUGCAGGUGAAGGAGCAGGGUGCCAGCGUCUACAUCCACUGCAAGGCCGGACGCUGCCGCAGUGCCACCAUGGUCGCAGCCUACCUCAUCAAGUUACACUGCUGGAGUCCAGAGGAGGCGUGCCAAACGCUGAGGUCCAUUCGCCCUCAUGUGCUCGUGCGUAAAGCGCAGAUGGAGUUGCUGCGCACUUAUUACCAGCAGGUCUGCAGCAGCCAGUCCACACAGAACCAGCAAUGACACUCAUCACCCAACACAAAUCUGACCCACAAAGGGGUUUUCUUUUACAAUGCAACAUGUGUGUCCUGGAUGCAGUACGAGGAAAUGGAGUGAGUGCAUCUGCACCAAUCUGAAGGCUGGGAGGUGAAAGGUGAAAUGAUGCAGGAAGUGAUAACGUAUUGACCGCCUACGUGGAGUGUCCAACUUUAAAGGAGCACUGUCACACUCGUUUCAGUUCAGAUUAUUUGCGUGAAAUUAUUAAUGUAUCAAAUGCUUUAAUUUAAUUUAAUUAAAUGCUCAAAUUAUGUGUGCCGGCCUUUUAAAAAUCGCCGUCAGUAUAGCCUUUUCCUAAAUAUGGGGCAAAACUUAUAAGGGCAAACUUGGCUUGAAUCUCCAGCCUGUGUUACCCAGAAGGUAAGGGGCGCUCAAACUCCGCCCUCGAACGCAGAGACUGGUUUAUGGAUGGCCACCCAUCCCGGCGGUCACAUCACACUCCCUGAAAUUACGGUAACGUUAGCAUACAAAUAUCACGGAAACCUACCUUGGCUAGCCUGAGCGAUAUGACGGACAGCACAGCUUUGAUUUUGUCGAGUUAGAGGGCAAGCUUUUCGAUUUUGAUGAAGAACUGCAACCUUACUGUUUUGAACCGGAAAUUACAGAGGAGGAAUUGCGUGAGCGAGAGACAGACGGUGGAGGUUUGCAUCACUGACAAUAAUAACUGCAUCCUGCAGUACUUACCGACUUGUUCUGCAGCAAUAGGAGGAUUAAUUAAAAGAAGUAUCUACAACCACGAUUUUGAUACCGCUUGUUAGCUAGAUAUUUACUCACUUGUCACUUAGUUGCCCUCCUGGACCCUUCCAAUUAAUUUUUUUGUUGUUAAGUACUGCAGGGUGUAGCCAGGGUUUGAAGUUAUUAUUGCCAGCGAUGCAAACUCAGUUUUCGGUUGUCCAUGUUCCUCCACUGUCUGUCUCUCUUGCACACUCAAUUCUUCUUCUGUAAAUUCCGGUCAAAAACUAAAAGAGGAAGCAAAGUCAGAGCUGUCUGUCAUGUUGCUCAAGCUAGCCAAGUCAGGUUCCAUGAUAUCUGCAUGUUAAUCCAAAUAAAAAAGUGACCUUUAAUACUCCACUGUAUAUUCCAAAAGAAAAUGGUGUGUGUGUGUGUGAGAGUGUGUGUGUGUGUGUGUGUGUCAGUGUGUCAAAGUGAGCCAACAAUAGUGAAGUCCACUGAAAACUGGUACAUACAGUAGCUUUUCAUUUGUUUAAAAAUACCUAAUACCUUGUAAUUAUUGCUAGAACUCAUUACUAAUUGGUAUUUCUCCAUUACAUUAUUCCAGCAUAUUCUGGUGUAUGAUUAAAAUUUUAUAAAUCAC